AUGAGUUUCAGAGUAUCAAAAACUAGUGUUAGUUCUAUUGUUAUUGAAGUUUGUCAGGCAGUUUUGACUACACUACGUGACGUACAUAUGCGAAAACCAACAAUUAAAGAUUUUGAAAAUACUGCAGACGCAUUUUACAAUAAGUGGAACUUUCCAAACUGCAUAGGUAGCAUUGAUGGAAAGCAUAUACGAGUUAAAUGUCCAAAUAACUCUGGCAUUUAUUACGUUGAAAUUUUGUACUCUUUGUAUCAAAACAUAAUGAAUAAACGAAAAGGUGGUGCAACUCGUCUUCGAGAGAAAAAUAAAAAACUACUUUUGUCUUUGGCCAAUUCUAAUAUGAAAGUAGAUUCGUUUUUUAAAAUACAGAGCAGUAAGCCUCAGAUAUCUGGUAUUAAAAUAGACAAGCAAAAUGAUUCUUGUAGAAAUGUAAUAAAUAAUGAUGAUGUUGAAAUAACUAUGUCUACACAAAGUUCUACAAUUUCAAAUUCAUUGAUAGAUUCAUCUGAAAUCAAAAAAGAUAUAUCCAUGAAUAAGAAUGAAAAACCCGUACAACCUAUACUUUUAUUCUACCCAAAAACAAAUAAUAGGAACUUUCAAAGCAGUUAUUAUAACAAAUUUAAUUGGCUGGAGUAUUCAAUUUCUGAUGAUGCAGUAUUUUGUUUUCCUUGUCGUCAUUUUUCUUCAAGUGGUAAUUUUCGGGGACAAACAAUUGGUAAUGCUGCCUAUAUUGAUAGAGGAGUCAAGUGUUGGAGAAAUCCAUUACAAUCUUUGACUAAACAUAGUCGGAGUGAAAAUCAUUUAUCAUCGGUAGAAAGAUGGAAUCAAUACAAAGCCAUUCAAUCCAAUCAAAAUUCAGUUGCUAAUCUUUUAAAAUCAUCAAGAGCUCUUGAAAUAGACAAUAACAGGAAGCAUAUAUACUUUUUAUUAAAGGCAACUUUAUAUUUGGCUAAACAAGGGCUGGCAUUCCGAGGAAAAAAUGAGUCUAGCAUGUCCAAAAAUAAAGGUAAUUUUAUAGAGUUAUUAGAAACAUUUUCAGAUGAUUCUAUGAAAAUAAGACUAAGAUCGAGAUAUGGACAUUAUACCUCACCAGAAUAUCAAAAUGAUCUAAUUCAUGUUCUUGGUUGCUGUACUAGAAAAAUUAUCUUAAGCAAAAUGUCUGCAUUUAGUGUAUAUUCAAUUUUAGUUGAUGAAACUAAAGAUUCAUCUAAAAAAGAGCAGUUAAGUUUUGUUAUAAGAUUUGUAGACAUAAAAUUCAAUAUAUUUGAGAAAGCACUAGGUUGCAGUCACAUGAAAAAAUCUGAUGCUACUUCUCUAGCUCAAGAAAUAGUAAAACUUAUUCAAGAAAAUAAUUUGGACAUCAAUAAAUGCAUUGCCCAAUGCUAUGACGGUGCUUCUGUAAUGAGUGGUGUUUAUUCGGGAGUGCAACAAAAAAUCAAUGAAAUUGUGCCUCAUGCAGUAUACAUUCAUUGUUAUGCCCACCGAUUAAAUCUUUGUUUGGUUGACUGUAUACAAAAUGUGCCCUUAAUAGUUGAUUUUUUUGAUACUAUUCAAAAUCUCUAUAAAUAUCUGAUGAAUAGUCAAACUCGUUAUGAACUUUUCAUAGAAGCUCAAAAAAAUAAAAAUGUUAAGGUAAUUCAUUUAGAAAGACUUGUUGAUACUCGUUGGUAUUAUUGGUAUACUUCAUUGCAAAAAGUGAAAAGCCGUUAUACUGUGAUAAUUGAAGUAUUGACUUUUCUGACCGAACAUGGCGACCAAACAGUUAGAGCAGUAGGAUUACUUGAAAAAUUAUCAACUUUUAAAUUCAUUAUAAUUUUGGAGGUAAUGGUUAAUGUCCUAGAAUGUAUACAUUGUUUGUCGUGUGAACUUCAAAAUUCAAAUAUUAUUCUAUCAAAGGCCAUGUUAUUAGUGAAAUCUACAAGGAAUAAUAUCUUAAAAUUACGCUGUGAAGAAUCAUGGUUAAAAUUUCAUCGAAAAGCAACUGAUAUAGCAAUUUGUAAUGGCAUACAAAUUCAAACUCAUAAUAAGUACAAGAAAAGAAAACAGACUUUCAAUAAACAUUUGAAUGAUUAUUUUGUACAAUCAACUUUAGGAAGAGAUAAAACUAAAGAAAAAGAUGUUUCAAGUAUGAAAGUUGAACUUUUGUAUCAAGUGGUUGAUAGGAUUGUGACACAGUUAGACGAACGUUUUUCAAAAAAUGAACAAGUUUUUGACAUAUUUAAUGUAUUUGACUAUACAAAUGCUCACUUUCUUCGUGCAGAAUGUGUUACUAUUAAUAAGUUCAUAGACCACUACAAAAUUUUUCAAAUUAAUACUUUAAGCUUGUCAUCAGAAUUUUCUUCAAUUAAGGCAACAUUAGAACUAGAUAACAAUUCCCAAUUUAAAUUAGAAUUAAUAUUAAAUAUUGUUUUAAAUCUACCAUUUGCAUUUCCUGAAACAACCAAAAUAUUGUCUAUAAUGUUAACAUUACCAGUGACAACGGCAUCUAAUGAACGUUUCUUUUCUUCACUGAAAAGAAUAAAAAAUUUCUUAAGAACAUCAAUUGGUGAUUAA